AUGAAGAUAACUACCAGUACCAAUUUAAUCCUUUUUGGAGCAAUUUCCUCCCUGGCCAACGCUACGCCUGGUAUACCGCUGAUCGUGGCGAAAGAGUUUAUGGAGGACUCACAUCCAGUGUUGGAUGGAUCUUCUCCCAUAGGAAUGUACAGACUUAUCCAUUUGGCCAUCGAAGACACAGCUUAUUUCCGUCUUUUGAUGAAAGGAAUUAAUGCCGCUCUGCAGUUCGCUGUAUACUUCCCGAAAACUAUUACACCGGAGAUAAUCGGAGAUGUUGGUUCGACAUCCAAGAUCUUGGAAGAGGAUGUUCCCUCGUGUGCAAAAACCGCACGUGAUUCAAUCCAAUUCACCCGGGACAUCGCCAGUCACGCCGCUACUGCUGCUUGA